CGUAGCUGACCAUAGCGACCAGUAGUGAAACGGACGAAAGAAUGUGAUGGUUUACUGUAUAGAAUGUGGAUGAUACAAGUUGUGGCAGUGUCAGUUAUUCGGUGGUAAUAAAUCUGUAACUGCCGUGUGACUACUAGUUUGCUUGCGGCUACGUCUGAUCCUGCUGAAUGGGGAGAUAGGCUAUCUAGUUGAUGACGUGGAGAGAGAAAGGGAGAGAUAAGCGCAGGCUGCACAGAGCGGAAACAAGGGAUAGGCUCAAUUAAGAUCUUUGUCAGAACACCGUUGUCGGCCGCAGCUGUCUAAAACACGAUGUCAUCUCCGGUGAAGGUACAUCUAUUUGGGAGUACGGGAUGGAUAGGCGGGAAGCUACUGCACCUGAUGGCGGAGAAACCCUACCAAGUCACGUGCUCCAACUCUCGCAUGGAAGAACGAGAACAGGUUCAACGAGAACUGGAUGCAGUUCAACCAAAAUAUGUCAUCAUAGCUGCAGGGGUAACAGGACGACCCAACGUCGAUUGGUGCGAAAACCACCAAGAAGAGACCAUCCGUUCCAACGUCACCGGUCUACUGACUGUAGUUGAUCUGUGCGCCGCUAGAGGGAUCCACGUGACUUACUUCGGCACUGGCUGUAUUUAUGAGUACGACGAGAAACACUCUAUCGGGGGAAGGGGGUUUACGGAGGAAGAUGUUCCUAAUUUUGAAGGGUCGUUUUAUUCCAAGACAAAGGCCAUGGCAGAAAGGUUGCUGCAUUCUUACACCAAUGUUUUGACUCUCCGUGUGCGCAUGCCUAUCUCAGACGACCUUCACCCAAGGAACUUCAUCACAAAGAUCACCAACUACCCAAAGAUUUGCGACAUCCCAAACGCUAUGAGCGUUUUAUACGAUCUUCUUCCCCUUUCAUUUGUGAUGAUGGAAAAAGGAAUCACAGGUGUCUACAACUUUGUCAACCCCGGUGUGAUCAGCCACUCCGAGAUCUUAGCCCUGUACAAGAGCAACAUCGACCCCAACCACAAGUACGAGCUGGUGGACCCUGAAGAACUGAAAACCCUGGUGAAGGCAGGCCGCUCAAAUAACUGCCUUGACACCACUAAACUCGAAGCAGCUCUCCCAAACCAUGAGAUUCCCCACAUCAGCGUCGCCAUUCAGGGUGUUUUUGAACGAAUGAAGAAGAACAUCCGGAAAAAUAUCUUGCUCACAGGUGGCGCUGGGUUCAUUGGGUCCCACGUUGCCAAUUAUCUCGUGGAGCGAUAUCGAUACUACAAUGUUGUGGUCGUGGAUAAGAUGACGUACUGCGCUAAUGAGAAAAAUCUCGAUGCUUCGAAAGGAAAGUCAAAUUUUGUUUUCAUUAAAGCUGACGUCUCCGACAUUGAAAAGAUGAAGGAAAUCUUCGAGACUUAUCAGAUCGAUACAGUGAUGCAUUUUGCCGCGGAAACUCUGGUUGACAACUCGUUCAGUAAAUCCAACGACUUUACCAACUCCAAUGUCAUCGGGACUCAUACUCUCCUGCACUGCGCCAAGUUUUUUGGCGUGAAUCUUUUCCUCCAUGUGAGCACUGACGAGGUCUAUGGCGAAGCCUUAGACGGGAUUCCGCGCAAAGAAACCGCCACCCUGACCCCGACCAACCCGUACUCGGCGUCCAAGGCGGCGGCUGAGAUGUUGGUCCAGUCUUACCAUCACUCCUUCCAUGUCCCCGUCAUCAUCACACGCAGCAACAACGUGUACGGGCCGUGUCAGUACCCGGAGAAGGUCAUUCCAGUUUUCCUACUUAGCAUCAUUGAAGACAAAGUUUGUCCAAUUUAUGGCCACGGCCAAAACGAACGAAACUUCCUCUACGUGGAUGAUGCCGUUGAAGCGUUUGAUCUGCUCCUACACAAGGGAACGGUGGGCAAUAUCUACAACAUUGGCGUGAACAACGAGCAUUCCGUGAUGGCCAUAGCCAAAAAGCUGCAUGGACUUUUGGGAAAACCGCUGAAUAUUGAGCACGUGAAAGACCGUCCGUAUAACGACAUCCGCUACGUCAUCGACUCGUCAAAGCUCCAUCUACUGGGGUGGAAACCCAAGACAAGCUGGGAAGAAGGUUUGAAACAGACGAUUCAAUGGUACCAAAAGCAUGGGUCAGGCUACUGGAAAUAGAAAACUGCUAAUAUUCUGUUUAUAAAGAUGCAUUCUCUUCUUUGUGUGAUAUCAGUAUUUGAAUAAUACUUCUAAACAUUCCGGUAUUCCUGCCAAAGGUUAUACGUAGGACAUUUUGGUCGACGAUUAUUUUACACGCGUUUUAUAGGUAAAUUUAGAUGCAGGGGAUGUUUUCAAGAAAAUUGGACAUUGGACCUGGCCGUGGGUAGGAACAAUGGAAAAGUGUCAUAGAGAGCAUUCACAACCAAUUGAUUCGCGGACUAACUAGUCCACGGAUCGAACACGUCUGACCAACUUGAAAGUUUGCCGCAUUAUCGGCCAACACACUGGAUAGAUUCCCCGCGGGGAUUAUUCACGCAAGCUUUCAAAUGGGUUAACCAUAUUUGAUCCGGUUGUGAGUGCUUUCAAACACACAUUUAAAAUAACUUGGGAUACGGUAUUUACAGCAUUUUAUUUGAAACUUUUUCGGAAAAUUUCUAAUUUCGAAACUGUUUCUUCAUAUAGAUACUAUUAGCAUUUUGCAGUGGGGACGUAGUUUUGGUGGAUAUUUUCUACGGGUUUUUCAAAAUACGGGCAUCACGUUCUUUUUGUUGUGGUAUGUUUUGUUAAUGGUGGGAUUUUGUUAUGUGUUUUUAAUUGAAGAAGAUUAACCGUUCUUGUGUUCAUUGCUAUAUACCACUUAGCAAUAUGGUAGGUGAGUCAGCUACUUAGUAAUUUUAUUUGUCUUUUUAUAUAUACUGGUAGAUUUAAUUUAAUACUUAACAUUUAAAAUGUGGUAAUUUACAUUUAUAGUCUCUUUAAACCGCAAUGUGGAUUUCUUCAGAUGAGUUUAAUUUUUGUUUUUUUUGCAUCGAAGUGAAAAUUGACAAGAUGUAUUUAUACCUCUAAUAAAUCAAAAAUUCGUUUA